AUAAUCUCAUUCGAUCUUGAUGGCACUUUGGUAGUGACUAAAACUAAAGGAAAAUUCGCAAAGUUCCCACAAGAUUGGAAAUGGUUCAACUACAAAACAUUAACAAAUUUGAAACAAAUCAAAAUACCCAUUGUUAUCUUCACUAAUCAAGGUGGUGUUGUUGCUACAAAGACAUCUAAAUCUUAUAAUAAUUUCCAUAAAAGAAUUGAAUUGAUCCUUGAAGAGUUGGGGAAACGUGGUGUUGAUGUUCAAAAUGUUUGGGUCUAUGCAAGCCCAAAGAAAAGUGCUAGUUAUAAAGGUGAUAAUGAAGCACAAUUUGACAAUAUGAGGAAACCAAACAUUGGUAUGUUUGAAGAAUUCUUGAAAGAUUUCGGUAAAGAUAAAAUCAAUGUUGAAGAAAGUUUGUUUAUUGGAGAUGCAGCUGGUAGAAAGAAUGAUUUUAGUAAAAGUGAUUUAAGAUUUGCACACGGCUGUCAAUUAAAAUUCAUAACACCUGAAGAAUACUUU